CUCAGCUCAGGCGCUCCGAGCGGCAGUCCCACUUCCCGUGAGGAAUCGCUAAUUCACAGCGCCCUGCUACGACUCCUACCCUUUUCCUCCAGAUCCCCCUCCCUCUUAUUUCUGUCCUCCUUCUCCUCCUCCUUCUUCUCCUCCCCCGCGGAGAGAGCUGCCUCUACGGCUCCAGCCUCCGUCGGCUCUCCAGUUACUCACCUCGGCGGCGGCAGCGCAGCGGCGCAAAGCCAGCAUGUUACAACAACAGCAGCAAACAACGGCGGCGGGAUCGCGAAAUGGGCCCGGCGUGCGAGAGCCAAGCCUGGCGGCUCACCCGUCCAUGCACCCCAUGAACCCCGCACACCUCCAGUCGCCCUCGCACCACUCGGGAAACCUGCACGAGAACGGGGCCGAGACUCGGAGGGACAUCGGCGACAUCCUGCAGCAGAUCAUGACCAUCACCGACCAGAGCUUGGACGAAGCGCAAGCAAAAAAGCAUGCUUUAAAUUGCCACCGGAUGAAACCUGCUCUGUUCAGCGUUUUAUGCGAAAUCAAAGAGAAAACCGGCUUAUCUGUACGAAGCAACCAAGAUGAGGAGCCUGUUGAUCCACAGCUUGUCCGACUAGACAACAUGUUACUAGCUGAAGGUGUGGCUGGGCCAGAGAAAGGGGGUGGAGCUGCAGCAGCGGUCUCUGCUGCAACAUCCUCUGGUGGGGUAUCACCUGAUAAUUCCAUGGAACAUUCCGAUUAUCGUAGCAAACUGAGCCAGAUCCGACACAUUUACCAUGCAGAGCUGGAGAAAUAUGAACAAGCAUGCAAUGAGUUCACAACACAUGUAAUGAAUCUGUUACGAGAGCAGUCCCGCACAAGACCGGUGUCACCUAAAGAAAUAGAGAGAAUGGUAACCAUCAUCCACAGGAAGUUCAGCAGUAUUCAGAUGCAGCUCAAGCAGAGCACAUGUGAGGCUGUGAUGAUUCUCCGCUCGCGUUUCCUGGAUGCAAGGCGAAAAAGGCGAAAUUUCAGUAAGCAGGCAACAGAGGUUCUAAAUGAGUAUUUCUACUCUCAUUUGAGCAACCCAUACCCCAGUGAGGAAGCCAAAGAGGAACUUGCAAAGCAGUGUGGUAUCACAGUGUCCCAGGUGUCAAAUUGGUUUGGCAACAAGAGAAUCCGUUAUAAGAAAAACAUCAGCAAGUUUCAGGAGGAGGCUAACAUCUAUGCAGUGAAGACUGCUAUUGGAGCAACACAGGGUGGUGAUUCCCCUGGCACCCCCACAUCUGCAGGUUCAGGUGGCUCUUUCAACGUUUCGGGCUCUAGUGAUAUGUUCAUGGGGAUGCAAGGAUUAAAUGGGGACUCAUACCCAGCAUCACAAGCAGAGUCUCUUGGUCAGGCUGUUGCUCCUGGUGGCUACACAGACAGACUGAGCGCAAGUCGACUUUACAGCCCCCGAGAGGUCAGGGCCAAUGGAGGCUGGCAGGAUGCGGCCACGCCCACUUCUCUGACAUCACCAGGAAGUGAUCACUCUGACAACUCCAACUAGCUGCCCCUUACCUCCAGUUGGCUUGGAGUGCAUUUUAUAUUUGGGGUUGGGGGCAGAAUGUGUAUUAUUUUUGAUUUUUUUUUUUUGUUUGUUUGUUUGUUUCUUUUCCUUGUUUUCAGCUUUAGACCAAUAGAAAAAAAAAAAGCGAGAACGAACGAGAGAGAGAGAGAGAGAGAGGGAGAGCACUCAAAUUGUUCCUUUUUAAGUGUUGACCUUUUCAAACUGCCACAUGUGAAGAGACGAUAUGUAUCUUGUGCAUAAAUGACCUGCUGUUCCAUCUCGGCUUUCAAUUUUCAGCCCUCUUUAAAAAGCAGGGGUGCAUUUAAUUGUUAACUACUGUACUCGCAUUGUCUGUUGUUAAUUGACAAUUGUUUUAAAAAAAAAAAAAAAAAAGUAGAGGAGCUCAUUUUGUUCAAUGGAAAAUUAGCAAUGAGAUGGAUCUGCUCUUUUCGUCUCUCUGUAGCCUGAGUCAUUGUGCGAGAGCCCUUGUGUGUAUGAGAUGUAGUUUUGUAAAUACAAUAGUGUUUGGGACAGAGGAAGCACAGUACUACCAUGUCUGUAGCCUCAGUAACGAGAUUUCUUCUCCAGUACUUAUUACCUCAAAUCAGCUCAUCCAAAAUGACAGACCGGGGUGUUUAACUAUCCAGAGUGCCAACUUCUCACAGAUGAAAACACUGAUUUGUUCCUUUAGUUAAUUUAAUUUUUUAAGACCCUUGUACUAGCCAAGUGAAUUAUAUACUCCAGUUUAGUGUCGCUUCAAAAUUAGUUACUAAAGUGUUUAUUUAAUGGCUGUUUAGGAGUGAGGGCCUGCUAUUCCCACAUUUUUAUGAUUUUUUUUUUUGUUCUCAAAUUAAAGGGUAGCUAAUUGAUUAAAUGUGUUAAAAUAUUUUAAGAUUGCAGAGCAGCGUUACACAUAUACAUGAGAUCAAGUAGUGAAAUCUUAACUCUAUGAUUAGUUUGUUACAAUAUUAAAGAAUAUUUUACUUUUAUGUAUUUUCUUCCUAGACGCCUAUGCCAAUUUAUGUAUUUGAGUGCCAUUUUCUUUCUGAGAAUGGGCAACUAUUGGAGAGUUUUAACACUUGUAACCAAGUUUGGGGUCUGUUGUGCAAUUUCUCUGUGUGCGGAUGUGUGCGUGUGCGUGUGCAUGCAUGUGAGUGUGAUACUGUGAUCACACAAUGACAUCUUGUCUGACAGUGUGCUGAUGACAUCCUGUACAGUUCUACCUCCAAGUAGCUGAAAUAAACUCACUUUUCAACAA